CCAGCAGCUGAUCGGUAAUCCAGAAGAAGUUUCCCCUCAGUUAGGGGGGAGCUCCACUUUGAAGCAGGAGACUCCACAACCACCCUGCAUUAAAAAGGAAGAGGAGGAACUCUGCAUCACUCAGGAGGGAGAGUGUCUUCUAGGACGAGAGGAAGCUGAUUACACCAAGUUUCCACUGAGUAUUCUCUCUGUGAAGACUGAAGAUGAUGAAGAGAAACCACAAGUAGACAACCUCUUAGCUCCACUAUCAGAUAGUGAGGCUGAAGACGAGAUUGAAGUAACUUUGAGCAGCGAUAAAGACUGUGAAGGUGAUAUGAGGACUCACACUGACAACAAACACUCUGAAUGCUCUACAAAGAAGAGAGGUAAAACAUGUUUGAGCUGCUCGGUUUGUGCUAAAAGUUUUACUAAAAAGAGCAGUUUGACUCUACACAUGAGAACACACACAGGUAAAAAACCCUUUAAUUGUUCAGUUUGUGGCAACAGCUUUUCUGGAAAUGGCUCAUUGACUCAACACAUGAGAACACACGCAGGUGAAAAAACAUUUAAUUGUUCAGUUUGUGGCAACAGCUUUUCUCAAAAUAAAAAGUUGACUCGACACAUGAGAACACACACAGGUGAAAAACCCUUUAAUUGUUCAGUUUGUGACAAAAGCUUUUUUAAUAAGAGCAUUUUGACUCAACACAUUAGAACACACACAGGUGAAAAACCCUUUAAUUGUUCAGUUUGUGGCAAAAGCUUUUCUCAAAAUAGCAAUUUGACUCAACACAUGAGAACGCACACAGGUGAAAAAACAUUUAAGUGUUCAGUUUGUGGCAAACGCUUUUUUAAUAAGAGCAUUUUGACUCAACACAUGAGAACACACACAGGUGAAAAACCCUUUAAUUGUUCAGUUUGUGGCAACAGCUUUUCUAUUAAGAGCAUUUUGACUGGACACAUGAGAACACACACAGGUGAAAAAACAUUUAAGUGUUCAGUUUGUAGCAAAAGCUUUUCUAUUAAGAGCAGUUUGACUAAACACAUGAGAACACACACAGGUGAAAAACCCUUUAAUUGUUCAGUUUGUGGCAACAGCUUUUCCCAAAAUAGCCAUUUGACUAAACACAUGACAACACACACAGGAGAAAAAACAUUUACCUGUUCGGUUUGUGGCAAAAGCUUUCCUCAUAACAGCUCUUUGUGGCGACACAUGAGAACACACGCUGGAGAAAAACCAUUUAGUUGUUCAGUGUGCUGUAAAAGUUUUACUAAAAAGAGCAGUUUGACUCUACACAUGAGAACACACACAGGUGAAAAACCCUUUAAUUGUUCAGUUUGUGGCAACAGCUUUUCUGGAAAUGGCUCAUUGACUCAACACAUGAGAACACACGCAGGUGAAAAAACAUUUAAGUGUUCAGUUUGUGGCAACAGCUUUUCUCAAAAUAGAAAGUUGACUCGACACAUGAGAACACACACAGGUGAAAAACCCUUUAAUUGUUCAGUUUGUGACAAAAGCUUUUUUAAUAAGAGCAUUUUGACUCAACACAUUAGAACACACACAGGUGAAAAACCCUUUAAUUGUUCAGUUUGUGGCAAAAGCUUUUCUCAAAAUAGCAAUUUGACUCAACACAUGAGAACGCACACAGGUGAAAAAACAUGUAAGUGUUCAGUUUGUGGCAAAAGCUUUUUUAAUAAGAGCAUUUUGACUCAACACAUGAGAACACACACAGGUGAAAAACCCUUUAAUUGUUCAGUUUGUGGCAACAGCUUUUCUAUUAAGAGCAUUUUGACUCGACACAUGAGAACACACACAGGUGAAAAACCCUUUAAUUGUUCAGUUUGUGGCAACAGCUUUUCUCAAACUAGCAAGUUGACUCAACACAUGAGAACACACACAGGUGAAAAAACAUUUAAGUGUUCAGUUUGUGGCAAAAGCUUUACUAUUAAGAGCAUUUUGACUCAACACAUGAGAACACACACAGGUGAAAAACCAUUCAGUUGUUCAGUUUGUGGCAAAAGCUUUUCUAUUAAGAGCAAUUUGACUCCACACAUGAGAACACACACAGGUGAAAAAACAUUUAAGUGUUCAGUUUGUAGCAAAAGCUUUUCUUUUAAGAGCAGUUUGACUAAACACACAAGAACACACACAGGUGAAAAACCCUUUAAUUGUUCAGUUUGUGGCAACAGCUUUUCCCAAAAUAGCCAUUUGACUCAACACAUGAGAACACACACAGGUGAAAAAACAUUUAAGUGUUCAGUUUGUGGCAAAAGCUUUUCUUUUAAGAGCAGUUUGACUAAACAUAUGAGAACACACACAGGUGAAAAACCCUUUAAUUGUUCAGUUUGUGGCAACAGCUUUUCUCAAAAUAGCCAUUUGACUCGACACAUGAGAACACACACAGGAGAAAAAACAUUUACCUGUUCGGUUUGUGGCAAAAGCUUUCCUCAUAACAGCUCUUUGUGGCGACACAUGAGAACACACGCUGUAGAAAAACCAUUUAGUUGUUCAGUGUGCUGUAAAAGGUUCCCACAUAAUGCAGACGCAGUAAAACACAUAAGAACACACAAGGGAAAAUAACCAAUUAACUGGUUAGUUUGUGGUAUGUUGCUCAUAUGUGGUGACAUCCACCCUACCCAGGACCUCCUCACUGCUUCUUUCACAAAUAUCUGAGGUAUUCAUACAAACUUGGAUUAUUUGGAGCAUAAUCUUAUCCACUCAUGACUCCAUGUCUUCUCUGUAUCUGAAACCUUCCUGAACAGUAAGAUAGAUGAUGCUUCAAGUGCUUGGUUACUCCUUCUUCAGUCCUGGGGCCUCAUGUGUCAAGUUUGUGCACGCUCAAAAACCUGCACUACACCCUUUUUCACUGCAAAGUUGAGAUGUAUCAAAACUGACGUUGACGCAUAAGUGAUGCUGGGUAACUGUUUGCAUAACAAACUGCCAACUUUUACUCCUCAGACUGGUUGAUGUGCAAAUCAGAGACUUAUGAACAAUUAACCCCCAACACCCACAACCCAGCCCCCACCUCCCUCGACAUUCGGGCAUAACCGGUUCAAUCCGGCCCGCGAGAUGAGUUUGCAAAGUGUAAAAUUCAGCUGUAUUUUUAAUGAAAGAAACUGCUGUUCUAAAUGUGUCCACUGGAUGUCACAUUAGCAAUUCUGUUAGGCAAGCAAAUAGCAUAUCAAGUAUACCAAGCAAGAGGUAGACGGUAAAGCGGGGCUGUGACUCCUCCCCCUCCACCCAACGUAAAACAGGAGUAAAAUAAGCAAUCAGUAACCCCACUUAAAAUGCAGCAUGAGACACUGCACACUGAUAUAGUUCUGUGAAAAUGAUUGUCUUCUGUGCAAAUGUAAAGAAAGUGAACAGUGUGUGAUUUACUGCAAUACUGUCAGUCUUUUCACUUUUUAUUUGUGCUUUGUUGAAAUUGUUCACACAUUGCACAGCUUUUAUUUUUCUAUCAAUACACAUUAUGUCUAGAAGACAGGAAGUAACUCAACACUCUUGAAAAGUUUCUACCUCAGUUUGUAUGGUUUGUUGAGUUAGCACACGAUUAAUAUGUGGAAAUGACAAAUGAGGUAGUUGAUAGAUAGAAUAGUUUUUAUUCAUGCU